AAUACACUCUAACUUCUUCUGUUGUGACGCAAGCAUCCAAAAACAUUUUAAAGUUUUUACCCCUCCCAAAAGACAGAAAGAAUUAAACAUGCUGCACUCACAUUUAGUGGGGGUAAAUCAUCAAAGAUACAAAAUUUAGGGUUCAACCCACAUGUGCACAGUACUUCCCACUUGUCAUGUUACGACUGGACUUAUCUAAUUAUUCCAUCGCUUUCAGAGAUUAGGUGGUAUGUUAAUAUAAAUUAAAAAAGAGAAAUUUCUUGUGUGUGGGUGUUGGCAUUUAGUGAACAAGAGAAGGGCUUUUGUAAAUGCUCUUGUAAUGUAUUGUAGAUGAGAUUAUUCUUGUCAUUGACAGGAAGGAGGAGGAGGGGAGGGGAGGAGAGAGUGGCUUUUUUUUUCUUCUUCUUUAGCAGUAUUGCUGUUGAAGAAUCUUGUUGGUAUUGAUUACCUGAGUUGGAGGUAAAUGCAGGUUGAGGGGUGCACCCUCUCUCCAUUGUGUGGUGAUGGGGAAGAGGAAGAUUUAGAGUUGUCUGUGCUUCCAAAGAAUACAAAAGUUGUUGUCACAGGAAACAAUAGAACAAACCGUGAUCUUCUUGGCCUUCAUGGUGUGGUCAAGAAAGCAGUUGGAUUUGGAUGGCAUUGGCUGGUGCUUACAAAUGGGUCAGAGGUUAAGUUGCAGAGAAAUGCCCUGAGUGUGAUUGAACUUCCCACUGGCCAAGAAGAGGAUGGCGAGAAUGAUUGUGAACACCCAUCAUCCAAUAACAAUAGCAUGGAUUUAGGUUGUGAUGAUUUGCACAAGACUUACAAGCCUAAAUCAAGGUCUCGUGUUUUAGGAGGGUCAAGCAGCCGGAAUCAUUCUCAUUCCGCUCAAUUGCAAUCCACUGGAUCAAACUUUCAUUCCCAUGGAAUGCUGAAGGUGGAUUUAAGCAAAUUGGAAACAUCAGCCUUGUGGAGGUAUUGGAGGCAUUUUAAUCUUGUUGAAGUUGGACCUAACCCUUCCAAGGAUCAAUUAGUUGGUGCUGUCGAAAGACAUUUUAUUUCACAGCAAUUGGAUGAGUUGCAGGUGAUAACUGGAUUUGUACAAGCUGCAAAACGACUGAAAACGGUCUGCAGUUGAGCUUAUGCAUUUGCCAAACCAGGAAAUGCAUCAUAACCAAUUUCUGUAGAAUUUCAUUCAUGGGAAUGGUAAAUGUGAAUUGUAUCAUACACAGUUGCAUCGAAUCUCAUCUGGAGAAGUUAGGUUUCAGUUGUAGUGACUUGGCAGUAGAUAUGUUUACGACUGAAAUUACCUUUGACAAAUAUGUUUUCCAUGCGUGCCUUAAGUCAACUCAGCCUGGAUCUAUGGAAAAUGUUUCUUACAUUCAUUAUAUGCCAGCGCAAAGUGACAAAAACGUGGAGAGUUUUGACUGGUGAUACAUUUACAUAGCUAAUGUACACUUUUGACUGGUGAUUUCAUUUUCAUAACUAAUGUACAAAGUUAGUAUGGGUUGGAUGCCCAUACCACAAACAAGUUUUCAAUGGAGAUGGUUUUGCUUAUUAAAUGCAUCAUAUUUUUUGGAUUAA